AUGCGGCCCCCAAGAGUGGCCAUCCUGGUCCUCUUCUUCGCCGCCUCCUCCUUCGUCUUCUUUCGAUCCCUGACGUCUCUGGCCCGGGCGAGUGCCAUUCCGCAGCCCCUAACACGAACUCCCUCUCGCCUGAGAAGCUUCUUCACCUUCUCCUCGCCCUUGGCUCUCUUCCCGCCGAAUGCCGCCAUCAGCCUGACCGACGACAACAGCACCUCCUUUCCAGCCCGACCUGCCGCGUUCGGCCCCCCACUGCCAACCAAGGGUCUAAGCGGUCAAUUAUGGAUCGGGAGCGGCUUUGCCGACGAUAAUCUACAAGAGGGUGAGGGCGAGGGUGAGCUGGGGUGCAGUGAUAUUCCUGGUUGGGAGGAUGGCCGCUCCCGCGUGGCCUUUAAAGCCUCUGCCAAGACGAUGAUUUCCAGUGGCCGUAAGGACGUCCCUGCUGCGGACAAUUCCAAUCGCUCUAGGAGGAGAGGCAGCCCCAUGGCUGUCUAUGACCGAGACUCGGCUACCGAUUCCAUUCCCACACCGCCUGGCGCCGAGCCCGUUGACGAUGGCACCGAUGACUACCUACAACACGGCCUUCCGCCGAAGCAACGAGGCACUCUCGGAACAUCGGGUGCUGGCCAUGCAGAUAUCCAGUCAAUGCAGGAGACUGCCGAGAUCACAGGCAAGAUCGUACUGCUGAGCCGGGGUGGCUGUGGUUUCUUGGAAAAGGUCAAAUGGGCUCAGCGAAGAGGCGCCAAGGCUCUCAUUGUCGGAGACAACAGGAAGGGUGGACCUCUGAUCCAGAUGUUUGCUAGGGGCGAUACAUCUAACGUGUCUAUACCUUCGGUGUUUACAGCGAGGACGACUGCACACCUCUUGUCUUCUCUGACCCAGCCCGGCAGCUUCAUCGAGGAUAUUAUCGACGAGAAUGGAAAUGCCGCGCUCAAGGUACAGCAUUCCGAUACAUCGAAGAAGCAGAGGAAGACCAAGCCUGCCAAAUUAGCCGGCGCUGCAUUCUCUCGAAUCGCGGGCGCGCCAAAGCCCAAAUCCCGCGUCCAAGGACAACCUCAAAGACGUAGCUGGUUAUCAAGUCUUUUUAGCUGGGGAAAGAGUUCCACAACUGCGGCGGGGAAGGGUGGUUCAUCAGGCAGCAGUCAUGACUGGGUCUUGGUGGAGGAAUGGGACGAUGAAGUCGAUCAGCUUCUCCAUGAUAGCUUGAGGAAAGGGACGAAACAGGAUAGUUCUAAUCGCCCAGGUGGAUCAUCACCUGGGGCUCAAGAAUGGCGCGAUUCGGAUGCGGAUAAUGGGUUCGAUAAUGAGUCUUAUGACCCGGAAAAGAAUGCGCUAAUCGGCGACGAAAACGAAGACGACGUUGCUUCCGAUGAGAAUGGUGGAAGGAAAGGCGGCCGCCUCAUGUCCAAGAUCUUUGGCGAGGACGACGAUACUGGCGAUCGACCUCCCGAGAUGCCGAAGCCGAAGCCAGAGAAACCCGACGAGCCCAGCCACGACCCGCCCCAGCGCGAGGGCCUCUGGGUUACCAUCACGCCAUCGAGCAGCGCCAGUUCCUUCUUCGACACGUUACUAGUCUUGGUCAUCUCUCCGCUCAUCACUCUCUCCGUGGUGUAUGCCCUGCUUAUCGUUAGAGCCCGAAUCCGAAGGAGAAGAUGGCGAGCUCCCAAGUCCAUCGUCGAGAGGCUUCCCGUACGGACCUACCACGCCGCUGCUCCCUCGCCCAUCCACUCCCCCCGCAUCCCCUCGCCCACGAGCAGCUCCCCGACAACACCGCUCCUACAAGCGACCCCGUCGAGGUCGAGACCCCGGUCCAGGACCACGACAGGCGUGCCUGAAUCAAGUAAUUUCUUGACUGUCAGUAUUCCUAUGCAGUCGUGUAAACCGCUGUCACGGGCUGACCAUGAGAAGCCGCCACAGGUGUCGAGCGAGUGGAAGAAGUUCAUGGGCAAACAGGUGGAGUGCGUCGUUUGCCUGGAGGAAUACGUCGACGGCGUGAGCCGGGUUAUGAGUUUACCCUGCGGCCACGAAUUCCACGUCGAGUGCAUAACUCCUUGGCUCAUUACCAGAAGACGCACUUGUCCCAUCUGCAAGGGCGACGUAGUCCGAUCGCUUGCGCGGGGACCCCCUACAAGUCCCAGAUACGAGCCUUAUCAUGACAGCAGCAGCGACGAAGAGGAUAUUGAACCACCCCGACGCAGUGACACCGGCGGAAGCAACAGUGACGACGAGAUGGAGCGUGGGACCCUAUCAUUCCGGACUUUCCACGCUCGGCCGAGCGCGAGCCGACUGGGAAGAUGGUUUGGAUCUCUCAUGAGCUCCGUUGCCGGUUCUACUUCGCAGCCCGCUCGCGAACCCGAAGAUCCGCGGACACGAUGA